AUGUCUUUCGACCUCUUCCAAACUCCCUUUUACGGCCUUGUAGCUGGGGCUAUUGUCAUUAUUUGGUCUUUAGCUAAGAGUGUACAAACCUUUCAAAGAUGGAAGUACGCUCGUCAGAACGGCUGCCAACCCUUUGCGCACUCGGUGUGCCACGGCUUGUUCGGCCUUGGCAUGGUCAUGGAAUUAGCCAAAGCCGGCCCCGAGCAUAGAUUUCUUGAACUUAUUCGUGGCUGGCAUCAAAGUUACGGCCCUACAUUCAAGGCUAAAGUCGCCAAUCGAACUCUCAUUUUCACCGCCGACCCAAAGAACCUUCAAACAAUUCUCGCGCUAAAAUUCAAAGACUACUCAGUGGGCUCGGCUCGUGUAAAUGCACUACGUCCAGCCUUGGGCAAUGGCAUCUUCGGCGUAGACGGCGCGGCGUGGGAACAUUCACGAGCUCUUCUCAGGCCUAAUUUCUUACGUGCUCAGAUUAACGAUACUGAAUUAUAUGAGACCCACGUUGUCGAUCUCAUUGAGCAAAUUCCACGCGACGGAUCAACGAUCGAUUUGCAGCCGCUGUUCUUCAAGGAGACUCUUGACACAGCUACCGAGUUUCUACUCGGGGAGUCUUCUCACACUCUGCGCAAAGAAGGGUCUUCUGCGGGUGCAGCAUUUGCGGAAGCCUUCGAUAUAGUCCAAGAAGUGGCUUCCAUGCACUUUAGGAUUGGGAAAUUUGCCAUGUUCUACCGCAGGAAAGAAUUCUUGAAAGCAGUAAGAGAUACCCGCGGGUAUAUUGACAGCUUUGUACAAAAUGCGAUCGAUUAUCGUGUCGCGGUCAACAGUGGACGGAAAGUUGAUGAAAAUGUCAAGCGGUUAACUGACAGUCGAUAUAUAUUUUCCAACGAGCUGUCGAAGCAGACACUUGACAAAACCAACAUGACAGACCAGAUAUUUAGUAUUAUAUUUGCUGGUCGCGAUACCACUGCCAGCCUACUAGGUGUUGUGUUCUUCAUUCUGGCUAGACGGCCUGAUGUGUGGGACCGACUUCGGAAAGAAGUCAUCGCUUUAGAUGGAGCAAAGCCAUCAUUUGAAGUUCUCAAAUCGAUGACUUAUCUGACCUGGGUUCUGAACGAGACUCUACGUCUGUACCCAAUCGCCCUUUUCAAUAUACGCGAAGCCAUACAAGACACAUAUCUUCCCGUCGGUGGUGGGCCGGAUGGAAAGUCUCCUGUCUUUGUGCCCAAGGGCCACGAGGUUAUCUUCAGCGUAUACACAAUGCACCGCGAAAAUGAAAUCUAUGCGCCUGAUGCGGACGAAUUCCGGCCAGAGAGAUGGGAAAAUCUUAGGCCCGGUUGGGCGUACCUCCCUUUCAAUGGAGGUCCUCGGAUCUGUAUAGGCCAGCAGUUCGCACUAACGGAGGCCGGAUACACUAUUGUUCGGAUCAUGCAAGAGUUUGGGGCAAUCGAAAAUCGAGAUCCAAAUCCCUGGACCGAAAAUCUUGGGUUGACGUUGUCGAGCGGUAAGGGAACGAAGGUUGCUUUGACGCCUGUCCAGAAUUGA